GGGAGGGUAGAAUCUACUGAAUGUCGUCGAGUAGAUUUUGGUUUUUGAGCUUCCAUCUGACAGGUCCUCCAUUACACAUGACCAGGUAAAAGUUGCCCUUUGAGCCUUCCAAGGAUGUUUAUGUCUAAAAUUGCCCUGCAUCCAACAUUGCAAAGCUGGACGAUCGCACGAAACCGUUAUGUCGUCCAAACACUCAUCUGACGCUCAUUCCGAGGCAAGCAUAUAGGCGCAUUGCUUCUCCCAUUCUCGACCUAAAUCUUAAGCGGGGCAUUUGCAGGUCUAGCGCACCUUUGCAUGAGAACUAAGGGAUGCAUAUAUUUUUUCUGUACUGCAACAAGAAAGACUAUCCCAGCUCUGUAUCGCCUCGGUGGAGUUGGCAAUCAAUCCGGCUAAAAGCUCAAGGCGGUUUAAGAAAGCCAGGUAGCUUCCAACCGCUUCAUUGUGCUACCUAAAGGGGUUAUGUUGACUUUGUUUUAAGUUUCAUCAUGGCUUAAACCGGUCGACAAUUAUUCUUUGGGGCAGUUUCACCAAUAAACCAACCACCUUGGUAGUUAGCGGGAGAUCAUGGAUGGAAGUACUCCGUAUUUCAUGGGUUAUGAUGUAAGAGGGGUAAAUGUCCGGUAGGGCUAAACCUUACAGAUCUGUCAGCUUGUAUGUACAGCGCAAGGAACGGAAAGCAAGAAUAUAAGAUACAGAUUUUGCAGAAGUUGGCCGCUGUUGGCAUAUCCUUUGUGCUGCUGUUGCUUGCUUGUUUUAUCCCAUAUAUAGUUUUACCCGCGACGCGGUUCUGUGCGGGACUUUUCGCUAUAUUCCGCUGUCUUUACCUGCAUAUGACUGGCUAUAUAGCCCCUCCUAUUUGCUUUGCUCUUUCUCCUUGUUCUCCUUCUCCCACUCCCUAACUCCAUACCUCAUUGCUACAAUUGCUACCUGUUCAUUGAAAAAUCCUGCGAUCUACAUGCAUACACACCCGACAAGAGCAAAUAUGGCCCCUCCAAGUGUUCUGAUGGUGGGAACCGGAGAAUAUACCACUGGCUUCGUAGGCGGAUGCGAAUCAGGUUCAGACAAAAAAGUUGGCGUCGUGGGCUUGACCCUCUUCGAUUUGCGCAGGAGAGGUAAAGUCGGUAGCUUGAGCAUGGUGGGCGUCUCCGGGUCCAAGUUCCCUGCAAUUAAACAGCACCUCCAAAAAAACAUCUCGCAGGUCUAUAACAACCUAGACGUUUCUUUUAAAUCCUUUCCCGCAGACGACCAAGUGGAUCCAGAAGCCUACAAGGCCGCCAUAGAUGACCUGCCCCCCGGGUCUGCAGUCAUCAUCUUCACCCCAGACACCACCCAUUAUCCCAUCGCUCUAUAUGCCAUCCAGCGCAAGAUCCACGUCUUGAUUACCAAACCCGCCACAAAACUGUUGAAAGACCACCUCCACCUCCUCGAGGAAUCGCGCAAGCACGGCGUCUUCGUCUUCGUGGAGCACCACAAGCGCUUCGAUCCAGCUUACUCUGACGCACGCGCCAAGGCACGCACCCUAGGUGACUUCAACUACUUCUACAGCUACAUGAGCCAGCCGAAGAGUCAGCUGGAGACGUUCAAGGCCUGGGCGGGCCGCGAUAGCGACAUCUCGUAUUACUUGAACUCUCACCAUGUGGAUAUCUGCGAGAGUAUGGUGCCGGAGUAUUCGCCGGUGAAGGUGACGGCGAUGGCAUCGAAAGGUGCCGCGGUGGCACUGGGCUGUGUGCCUGAGACAGAGGACACGAUCACACUCUUAGUCGAAUGGAACAAGAACGGUGAGCCGGACAAGAUUGCCACGGGAGUUUAUACGGCGAGCUGGACGGCGCCACAGAAGGCUGGGGUUCAUUCGAAUCAGUAUUUUCAUUGGAUGGGCUCGAAAGGCGAGAUUCGAAUCGAUCAAGCCAAGCGUGGUUAUGAUGUGACAGACGAUAGCCAGGGUAAUGUCGCCUGGGUAAAUCCAUUCUACAUGCGCUAUGCACCGGACGAAGAAGGCAACUUCGGCGGUCAGACAGGUUACGGUUAUAUCAGUUUUGAGAAGUUUGUAGAUGCCGUAAGCGCGUUGAACGACGGUCGGGUGACUCUGGAUGAGCUCGAUAAACGUGGGCUACCUACCCUUAAGAACACGAUCGCCACCACUGCAAUUUUGGAGGCCGGAAGAGUGUCGCUAGAUGAGAAGCGCGCGGUUGAGAUCGAAAGGUUGGGAGAGACUUGGCGGUUGAAGUAAUGUGAAGUGUCGCUGGUCGGGGGCACGUAAGGUUUAAGGGGGAAAGGGAGAUAUAUCACGCACCAUGCUGAGGGGUUGAUUCGCUUCUUCCUUUCAUGCAUGCUUCACGCAUACUGUUAUCGUUUUGUGGUUUGGAAGUUUGCUUCUCGUGGGAGGUAAAGGGGGAAUCGCACGGAGAUAAUUUAUCAUUGAGGUGGGUGUGUAAGAAUUGAAUUGAAAUGAAUAAAUUGGAAGUGACUGAUUUGAUAGCUCGCUCACACGGCUAAAAAUGAUGGAGAGGCAGUGGAUAACAUAGGGAAAGAGCAAAGAUAAAGAAGAGAAAAAAAAAAAAAAAAGGCCUAAUAAACCUACAAGGUAGUUAAGUAGCAUUGAUGCGCCAUACAUAGCCAGCCGCCAAAACGUAAAGGACGGCCGUAGGGUUAGUUAUAUGUAUGGUUUUUUUUUGGAGUUUCAUUUCGUACGGAAAUCGUUGAAAGAAUUUAGAAUUUUUGUUUUUGCUUUUUAGACGCUUGCAACCCAUGUAUGAGUUGCGAGGUGAGGAGUUGGUAUAUAUCACAUGAAUUACACAUAUAUGAACCUUGGAAAUGUAUAAUUCAUGUGAUUUAUGCCCCUAUUCAAUAUUUUAUAGAAUUCGGGGUUUGUUUUGCAAGCGGAGAUGGAUCCGAGUGCAAUGAAUGCAUGUAGGUGAGAAAUCUAUAGAAAUGGAGCAGGUUAGUUAGGAGUAAACAGAUGGAGAUGUACAGGAUUGCAAGUGAUUGUAUGAUUACUGGGGAUCAACUUACG